AUGCAAAACAAAAAAUAUUUAGACUAUAAUAAAAUUACAAAAAAUGAUAACUUAAGUAAGAAUAUAAAAAUAAUUGAUGCAAUAUUAUUAAGUAAUUUUAAAAAUGAAAAAAAAUUAAAUUUAAUAAAUAAUUAUUUGAGUUUAUGCGCUCAUAAUAAGCGUGAUGCAUUAAUAUAUAAUUUAAAAAAAAAAAAAAAGGAAAAAUUACGAAAAAAAAUUAAUAACCAAAACAACAUAAAAAUAAAUUUAGAUAAUUUAAAAAAUUUAGAAUAUAGAAAUAAUUACACAUUUGCAAAUAUAAAACGUAAUAAAAAAUUUUUUAAAGAUUUAUUAAAAGAUAAAGAGAAAGAAAAAAGAUAUAAUUCAAAACAUGAAGUUAAAAAUAUGUUAAACUAUAAAGUUAAUAAGCUUAAUGAUUUAAAUAUUUUAAAAAGUGAAAAUGAAAGAGUAAAUACAUAUAAUUAUAUGGAAGAUAAUAAAAUUUAUUGUGAUGAGGAAGAUAGAGUAAAAAAAGAAAAAAUAAAAGAAGAAAAUAAAAAUUUAAAGAAAAAUGAAAGCCAAAAGGAAGAUGAAAAAGAAAGUGAAGAUGAAAAAGAAAGUGAAAAUGAGAAUGAAAGUGAUGAUGAGAAUGAAAGUGAUGAUGAGAAUGAAAGUGAUGAUGAGAAUGAAAGUGAUGAUGAGAAUGGAGAAAAAAAAGGAGAAAAACAUGAAGAGGUUGAAUUAGAUAAUAAACAAAACGAACAUGAAAAAAAUCCAGAAGAAAAAAGUAAUGGAAUGCAUUUAUAUAAUGAAAAAAAGUAUAUAAGUGAUAUUUAUAAUUAUGAAUAUGAUGAGAUAAUGAUGAACAAUGAAAAUAAAGAUUUAUAUUCAAAUAUAAAUAAAUUAAACUUAAAUAAAAUACAAAGUCCUAUUAAGGAAAAUAAAAAGAAAAAAAAAAGUGCUAUUUUGACUGAACAUAAAAAAUUUGACGAAAAAAAAAGAUUUAAAGAAUAUAAUGAUUUUUAUAGAAAAGUAAGAAAUUUAGACAAAUUUAAUAAAAUAAAAAAAAAUAAAUCGAUGAAUAUAAGUGAAGAAAAAGAAUUUAACUCAUUAUUUAAUAGUAAUUAUAUUAAUAAUAAUGUAAAUGAUGUUUCAAAUAAUUAUUUAAAAAAUAAUGUAGAAAAAAAAAAUAAAAAAGAUAAACGUAAUUCAUUAGAAUCUAAAAUAAGUACUCUUAAUUUUUUUACCUUAGAAAAAAGUUCUUUUAAUGAAAAUAAUUUAUUUUCUAAUGAAGUAUCAUCAUGUUUGAAGAAUACAGAAAAAUCAAAUAAAGAAAGAAAAAGGAAAACAAAUGAAUUUAAUAGAUAUGAUAAACAGAAUGAUCAUAAGAGUAAUAACCAUAAUGAGAAUGAUAAUAAGAAUAAUAUUCAGCAUAAUUCACUUAAAAAAAAUACAUUUAUGAGUGAACCUAAAAGCGAAUCAUUAAGAGGUACAGAUAGUUUAUGCUCAUAUUCUAAUUAUGAAAAAUAUAUAUCAAAAUUUGAUUCAAAAAAAAAAAAAAAAAAAAAGAAAAAAGAUGUUAAAAAAAAUAAUGAUAAAUUAUCAUUUAAUUAUUUUACCUAUGAUUACUCCAAUAAUGAAUAUGAGGAUUAUAACGAAUUAUCAUUAGGGAAAGAAAAUAAUAAAAAUUAUAAUAAAGAAAACAUAGAUCCACAUGAAAAUUCAAAAAUGGUUAAUAAUACAGUAAGAAAAGGUUCUUCCAAUGUUAUAUAUAAAGAGGAAGAAAUUAAAAAGGAAAUAAAUAUAAAUAAAAAUUUAUCAAUUAAAGAUAAUGUUUAUGAAAGUUUUAUAAAAGAAUAUAAAAACCUUCAAUCUUUAUUUUCUUAUAAUAAAAAUAAAAUGGAUGAUCAUUGCAGUCUUUUUUCCAGUAUGAUUGAAAAUUUAGAUGAAAAAAAUUCUAAGAAUGAAAAUGUCUUAAUAGAAAAUAAUAUUAAUAAAUUAUUAUCUUCUUCUCAUGAUAACAAUUCAAAGAAAUUUUUUGUUAAUGAUAUAAAUACUGAAGAUAUAGAUACAUUUGAAGCAAAUAAAAAAAGCAGUAAGAUUGAAUAUAUAGAAAAUUUUAAUUAUGAUAAUUCAAGUCAGAUAAAUGAAUCACAAAAAUUGUGUAGUGUAAUCAGCAAUGACACUUUUAAAUUCAGUCAAGAAUAUGUUGAAAGAAGUUCAUAUAGAGAAAGUAAUUCAUUUUUAAAAAAGAAAAAAAAAAAUAAAAAUUAUAGUAAGGUUAAGCAAAUAAAGUCAAUGUCAAAAAAAAAUAAAUAUUCUCAUAAUAUUAAACGUAUGGAAAAUAGCGAAUCAGAUAAUUAUAAUUUUAAAAAAUUAGAUACCUUUCCUAGUUCUACAUUAAACUUAUAUAACCUAAUACCAAAGAAUAGGGAAAGAUAUAAUUCAGAAUUAAGUAAAUCUUUUUGCUUUUCAAAUAGUUGUAAUAAAAUAUUUUACAAUGAUAAUAAUUAUGAAAAUGAAACUAUAAAUUCUAAAAAAAUGCUCAAAACAAAAAAGAGUAAUGAGUAUGACUUGAAUGAUUCUAGUUUAACCUUUAAUCAAAAUUUUUUUAAAAAUGUCAAAGAUAAAGAACAAAAAAAAAAAAAAAAAAAAAUGAGCCAACAAUUUUUAAACUAUUUUGAUGAUUCCUAUUUUAUUAAUAAAAACUCAAAGUUUUCACAAUGUGAACAAUAUGAUUUUACAAAUAAUAAUAUUCAUAACAAAAGUAAAUACAAAAAAAAAAGAAAAAAUACUAAAGAGGUAAGUGAAGAAAACUUUAUUAUAAAGAAAAAUAAUAUUAGCAGUGAUAAUAAUAUGAAAUCAAAUGAUGAAAAUAGUAAUAAAAAAACACAUAAAAAUAAUGAGAAAAAAAAAAAUCAGAUAAAUAAUGAACUAAUUAAAAAGACAAAGAACGUAAGGUAUGAAAAAAAAAAAAGUUUUCCUGAUGAAGAUAAAUUAAAAAAUUAUAAGAUUUCCAAUGAGGAAUAUUUAUUAAGUGAUAAUAAUAACAAUCCUAUUACAUCUAUUUUAGAAAAUAAAAGUAAAGAAAAUGAUGAUAAAAAUUUAUAUAAUUACUUUAAAACAUAUCAUAUUAAGGAAGAUGAAGAAACGGAAGAAAAUCCAGAAAGUAAAGAAUUAUCAACAGAAGAAAUAAAAAAAUUCAAAAAUUUUAAGGAAGAAAAUAAAAGUGAAAAUGUUAAUGAUUUUUUUAAUUCUGUAAUAGAUAAUAAAGUUUUAAAAAAAAAAAAAAAGGAAUAUAAUUUCUUAAAGGAAAAUAUAGAAAAAGAGAAAGAAGAAAAUCAAAAUUUUAAAAACAUUUCAAAAGCAGAAAUUACAGAAGAUACCGAUUUAGAUAUAGAGAUAAAAAAAAAUGAAUCUUUACAAAAUGAAAAUUUAGGUAAAACAAAAGAAAUAUAUAAAGGUCAUAAUUCUGAAGAAAUGUAUAAGAAAAGAAAAAAUAACUAUAAGGAAGGAGAAACCAGUUUCAAAACUUAUAAUGAAGAGUAUAAUGAAAAUUCAUUUUCUCAUAAUUUGAGAGAAUAUAAUUAUGAAGAUAAUGAAAGGGAACAAAAUAAUAUAGAAAAUAAUUUAAAAAUGAGAAACGUUUACUUUAAUAAAACAAAAAACAAUGAUGUGAUAAAAGAAAAAAAUAGAAGUCAAUAUAAUAGCAAAACAAACCAUUUAACAAAUGAUGAUAUUCAAUGGAAUAAUAAUUCAGAUGAUUUUUUUUCAAAUAACAAUUUUUUUUACCUAAAACAGUUAAAAGAAAAAAAAAACAGUAAAUCAAAUUUUGUUAUAAAAGGAGAUAUUUUAGAUAAAAAUGAUGAAAAAAGUGAUAUUAACAUAAAAAUAAAAAAAAAAAAUUCUUAUAAUGAUUCUAAUAAAAUAGAUAAUGAUAACAAUGGAAAUAAUAAAAUAGAUAAUUUUUUCAACUUUCAUAAAAAAAAUAGUGAAGCUAUUAAUUUUUAUAACAAUUUUAAUAGUGAUGACAAAGAGAAUGUUGAUGAUAGUAAUAAUAAUGGUAAUGAUAAUUACGAAAGUAAUGGUAAUGAUAGAAGUAGUAAUAGUAAUGAAGAAAAAAUUGACAAUAAUAAUAAUGAUAAUGAAAAUAAUAAUAGUAAUAAUGAUAUCAAUAAUGACAAUGAUAAUGAUACAAAAUAUUAUAAAAAUAUUAAAAAUAUAUUAUUGUCAUUAGAGCUAAGUAAUGAUGAAAAAAUUGAUAAAAUUAGAAGAAAUUUAUUUUAUUCGUCUAGUGAAGAAAAAAAAUAUAUAAUGAACGAAAUAUUAAAUAUUUUAUAUAUAUACCCUCAGUUAUAUAAUGCUUGUUUAGUUAGUCUUUUUUAUUUAUUUAUUUUAGAUAAUGAAACAUUUGAAAAAAAUUUUAAGCCAGAUGAUUUAAUUUACAUAUUUAAUGAUAAAAUAGAUUUCAGAUACGCAGAAUGGUUUCUUAAAAUUUACCUUUUUUAUAAAUAUAAAUUUUCAAAUAUAGCACAUUCAAAUGAAUAUUAUAAAAAAUGUUUUAAAAAAAAAGAUUCAAAGGAGAACAUAAAUAAAGAAAUAUAUAAAGAAAGUCUAAAAAAUAUGAAUGGAAAUAAUUUUCAAAAAAAACAAGUAUCUUUUAAUGACUUUUGUAAAAAUAAAAAUAAAGAUAUAAUAAUGAGAAAUAAGAAUUUUGAUAAUUUUUUUGAAGGUUAUAAUUCAAACGUGGAUUCCUCUGAUAAUUUUUUUUGUGAAUUUCAUGAUAUUACUGGUGAUGAAAAAGAUUUUUAUACAGUUUGGAAAAAUUUGGAAAAUUUAAAAUAUGUAGGUUAUAAUGAAUGCAAAAUAUUAUUAAAAAUAUGUUUAAAAAAUGAAAAAGAAAAAAAUAUUAAUAAGAUAAGUUCGACAAAAAUUCGAGAUUUAGUUGUUUCCAUAUGGUGUAAUAUACCAUCUUCAAAACCAAAAAAAUCCUUUAUUAAAUUAAUUUAUAAUUGGAUAAAUAAUAAGAAAGAUGAUUUGAAUAAAAAAAGAAAUUUAUUUUUUUUGUUAAAAGCAGAAAAAGAUCUUAACCCUAAUUUAUCCAAAAUAUGUUUUACUUAUUUUUUGAAUUUUUUAAUUAAAUAUAAAGAUAAUUGUUCAAAUGAUAUUAUAUAUACCUUAUAUUUAAUAGAACCUGAAGAAUUAAUGAUAUAUUCAAAAAAAUUUAUUGAGAAUUAUAAAAUUAAUUUUAAUCAAUUUAUAUCGAUAUGGAAUAUCAUGUGUAUUUUAUUUUGGGAUACAAAAAAAAUAAACCAUUUUUCUUUUUUUCAAAAAAAUAAAUAUUACUACUAUGAUUUUAUGCUUAUUUUUUUAAAAUCUUUUUAUGAAUAUAUUUGCUUAAAUAAUGACAUAAAAGAAAAUAUGAAACUAAAUUUAAAAAAAACAUUUUUGCCAGAUCUUUCUAACAAUUCAAUAGAUAAAAUAAAAAGUAAAGAAAUUCAUAAAAAAACUUCAUUUAAAGAGGAUUUUUUUGUGACUAACUCUUCAAAUAAAGACAAAAUUAAAGAUGAAAGUGAAUAUUUAAACCUUUUCGAUAUUGAAAAUAUUAUAAAUAAUUUUAAUUUUAAUGAUUUCGUAAAUAAUGAGAUAAGAAAAGAAAACUAUUUUGAUAUAUAUUUUAAUGGAAAUUUCUUUAAUGACGAUCACAAUUGUGAGAAAAGAAAUGCAGAAUUAAAAAAUAACAACUAUCCAAAUGAAGACAUAGAUAAUAAUAUAUCGUCUUGUAAUAAAACUUUUCAAAAGAAUAAGGAAUACAAUAACUUUAUGAGUGGUAAUAAUGAAAUAGAAAAUUUAAUUUUUUUAGGCAUUUGUAUUAAAAUUGUAAUAUGUAGAAUUUCUAAUCUUUUAAAUGCAAAAUCAUGUUUAAAGCAAUUUCAUUAUUUUUUAAAUCAUAAAAUAUUGGGACUAAAAACUUUUAAAUAUUCAUAUGUAGUUCUAGUAUAUUUUAUUCCAUUUUUCAAAAAAUAUUUUUUCUUAUGGAAAUUUAUUGAAAACGAAAUUGAUUCUGAAAUUAUGAGUUUAAUUAAAGAAAUUAUAAAGGAUUUAGAAAGUAUUCAUAAUAAUAAUAAUACUUCAAAUAUUAGUAAUUGCUAUUUUUAUAAUAACUCUAACAACAUAAAAAAAAUACAUAAUUCUAACGAUUUAAAUAAUUUGAGCAAUAAUGUUUAUUUAUCCUCUAUAUCUAAUAACCCAUCAUUUGAUGAAAAUAAUAUUAGCAGAAAUGAUAUAAAUAAUUUUAAUGAUGAUAUUUCUUUAAAAAAAGAAGAAAAAAAAAUGAAAAUUACUAAAGAGGAAAAUACUGAUUUUGAUAUCAAUCAUUUUGAUAAAAAAAAUAAUUGUUUCAUCAGAGCAAAAAACAAAGGGGAAAACAAAUUUGAUAAUAUAGGUGAUGAAACAAAUAAAAAUUUGAGUGAUAAUAUUAGAAAUAUAUUUGAUAAUAUAAAUAAUGAAAAAAAUUAUAAUUUUAUUAAUAUCAAUAAUAAAUAUGAUGAUAAUAUUUUUUUUCCUGAAGAAAAUUUAAAAAAUGAAAAAUUGAAAUUAAAAAAAUAUUCUUCAUUAAAUAAGUAUUCACAAGAAAACUUAGAAAAAUUGAAUGAUAAUUCUUAUUCAGAUUUACAAUUUCGUUUUGAUAAAAAGAAUUCAGAAAAUUAUAUUGUUAAUGAUAAAAUAUUUGAAAAUUAUGAAAACGAGCAUAAUACUGUAAGCGAAAAUACAAUAGAUAAUAACAACGAGAAAAAACAUGUAAAACAUUUAGGAUAUAACGACAUGAGUGAUAAUUAUUUUAUUCCAAAAAAAAAUACUUUUAAUAUUAAAAGUAACGAAGAGAACAAUAUAGAGAAAUUAAAGUUAAAUAAUAAAAAUGUGCCAUUAAACAAUAAAUUAAAUGACAAUAAUUUGGUUCCAAAUGAAUAUGUUAAUGAUUUCAUUUUUGAAAAUGAGUCUAAAACAAAAUUAAAAUCAUCAAAACAUAAUUUUUACAAUACCAAUGACAAUAUGUUAAAAAAUUAUGUAAAUAUUUUUCAUAAUGAUAAGAAUAGAAAUAUACCAGAUCAAUUUUUUAAUCAAAACAAUAAUUCUCCAAUUAGUUUAGAUCCCUCAUUAAGCUAUAUAUUAAAACAACAAAUACCUCAAGAGGAUCUAUUCAAUGAAAGUACAAAAGAGGAUAACGAAUAUUUAAAUAACAUUAAUAAUAUAAGUAAUAAUUUAGAAAAUUUAAAUACAUAUAAAAAAAAUAAUACUUUAUUUUAUGCACAUCCUUUACCAAACGAAAAUGGUAGUAUUCACACAGAAAAUAAUUAUUCAAGGAGUCACAUAUUAAAUGAUAAUUACAAUGAAAUAAAUUUUGCUAGUGAUUUUUUUAAAGAAAAUUUGUCUACUCAUAAAGAGGAAAAAAAAGGAAGAAUAGAAAAGAAAAAAAAACAGAAAUAUUUAAUGUUACGCAUUGAGAAGUCAGAAUUAAAAAAAAUGAAAAAAAGAGAAAUGCAACAUCCCCCUGUAGGAUUAAUGAAUUUAGGGAACACAUGUUAUUUAAAUAGUCUAUUACAAGCCUUAUAUAGUACUGUUUCUUUUAUAGUUAACUUAUUUUUAUUUAAAAUUGGUGGAAACAAAAAAAAGGACAAAAACCAAGCAUUAAGUAAAAAGGAAAAAUACGAAAGGAAAUCAAAUGAUGAAUCAGAACAUUUUUUAGAGGAAUUAAAAAGUUUUUUUAAAAAGAUGACAAUUACAAACAAGCCGUAUAUAUCUACUGAACAAGUAUUAAAUAUACUUCCAAACGAACUUAAUAAUAAAAAUCAGCAAGAUGUAACUGAAGUGUUUAGGUAUAUAUUUGAGAAAUUGGGAGGUUCAGAUAAAGAAUUCUUAAGAUUAAUUUUUUCAGGAGUGGUAGUUCAAAAAGUUCAAUGUCAAAAAUGUCUUUAUAUUUCAAAAAAAGAAGAAAUUAUACAUGAUUUAUCAUUUCCUGUUCCUAUGAAAACUACUGAAGAUUUAUCAAUUCAAAAAUUUUUUGAUACUUUUGUUCAGAAAGAGAAAAUAUAUGGUAAUAACAAAUAUAAAUGCUCUAAAUGUAACAAAAAAAGAAAUGCCUUAAAAUGGAAUGAAAUAUUAUCACCUCCUUGUCAUCUUAUUUUGAUAUUAAACAGAUAUAAUUGGUCUUUUACUUCUAAUGAAAAAAAGAUAAAAACUCAUGUGAAAAUAAAUUCAAAGAUAGUUGUAAAUAAUUUUGAUUAUAAAUUAUAUGGAGGUAUAAUACAUGGUGGGGUAUCAGCAUCUUCAGGUCAUUAUUAUUUUAUUGGAAAGAAGUCUGAAGAUGGAAAAAAAAAUAAGAAUGAAUGGUAUCAAAUGGAUGAUUCAACUGUAACUAAAGUAAAUUCAAAAUUAAUAAAUCAUAUUUCAGAAGAUUUGUCAAAUGAUCAUACACCGUAUGUUUUAUUUUAUCGUUGUAAACAAGCACCUAUUUCUCCUGCUUUACAUUUUUAA